AUGUCUUUUCAAGCAUUUGAAUCAGCGCUUUACCAUCCUUUAGUACCUAUCCCUUACUUCCAAUGCGGAUUUACCACCAGCACUUUAUCAAUUUCCUCCAACCCUUCUCUUGCUAUUGUCGAUCUGCUCGAUAAAUCUAUCGGGGUCCACAAGAUCUCCUCUCGCACAGCUCAUCCAUUGGUUUCGCCCCCGAAUCCAAUAGACCAUGGUAUAAAUGAUAGUGAAUAUGAGUCUAACUGUGUCUGCUUACCUCCGCCGCCAAUUGCUUGGGAAGCAUUCUAUCCAAAAGGAAGUAUCAAUCCUUCUGCUGAAAUACCUGGCGGGUUCGGAUUCUACUUGUCCGGGCCGAAGGAGUUCUCAGACGGGUUGCUUAGCUCUUCAGAUGGUACGGGAGCAGAAGAGAUUCUUAUGAGCUAUCGUAUGAUGCUUCAGAGUGAUUGGGAGUGGGCCAAAGGGGGUAAACUACCGGGAGUAUUUGGCGGUAUCGAUAGCCUUGCGUAUGGGUGUAGCGGAGGUCGGAAAAAUAGCAGAGAGUCUUGCUUCGAUGUUCGAAUUAUGUGGAGAUCCAAAGGCGCAGGAGAACUCUACAUCUAUCUACCAUUGACCGCAGAAAACAAGAAACGUCUUCUAACUGUCCCGCCCCUCUCACUUGAAAAUCCAGAUUUUGGAUUCUCGGUUGGUCGUGGAGCUUUUUUCAUCCCGGUUGGACGAUGGGUAAGUAUCGCAAUCCGAGUGAAGCUCAAUGCCGUUGGGCUCGAUGACGGCGAAAUCGAACUUUGGAUCGACGGAGCAUCGGUCAUCUCUAUCACUGGCUUGAGCUUCUCAAACUCUGAGAAGAGUAGACUCAAAGGAAUGCACUUUCAGACAUUUUUUGGGGGUAAGUCUCCUGAUUGGGCCUCGCCCAAGGAUCAACGAGCUUGGUUUGCGGAUGUCACUGGGGUAAUUGUUGGUUAG